CCUCCACCUUCUAAGGGCUUGGGAUGCAGAUGUGCACCACCUUGCCUGGCCUACGGACAGCAUCAUGGAAAUAGUAGGUACAAGAACACGUGCUGAUUUUCUGUGAAAACCGGAAAAGAUGUUGGUGUAGAGGACAUUCGCUACCAUGAGUUCCGGUGCACUGCCGAAACCUCAGAUGCGUGGUGUCUUGGCCAAGCGUCUGUGGGUUGAUAUGGUUGGUGCAUUCAUUGUGGUCCUGGGUGUUCUAUAAUGUGGUGUGGCUGAACCAAGAAAGAAAGCAUAUGCAGAUUUCUAGAAUUAUGAUUCCAUGAAAGAUCUUGUAGAAAUGAGGAAGGCUGGUGCCUUUCAAAGUGUGGAGUGAUUUCAGAAUGUAAAGAAUUCUUUGGAUUGUGCCUUGAUAGAAAUUCAUUGCUGAGCUGUGUUCCUGAACUAUGAAAUACGAAUAUGUGGGCUAAGGAGUAGUUGUCUCAAUAAACAAUU